AUGCCAUCACCCUCACCACUUGUGAGCUGUGCAGUUCUUGUGUAUGCUUUGCAGUGCACCUUGCAGCUCUGCAGUGCCCAGUUGGCCGAGCACAUCACGCCGAACAGAAUUUGGCCAGAAGAUGCACCCAUCGACAGCGAUUCCCUUGCCACAAGUACCGAGUUUGUUUGCGACCGGGUUCCUUCUCGCAGACCAUCCGUUAUUCAACGAGGGCUGGAAUAUCCAGUUCCGAACUUGGCAAGGGAUCCGCCAGGCGGCAGCGGUUCUUUGGCAAACAUAUUGCAGGGCCUGCGGCAUGAGCAAGUUGGAAACAUAUUUUCUCAGACGCAGGUGCGCUGUGGCCAGUCUCCAUCAGAAGAGCUAUCAGACUGUGAACAAGCGUGGGUGGACUACAUCAUCUCAUUGGCAGUUCCCUAUGGAAUUCCAUUGGCCCUAUCGGUGCUUUUGUUCCUCCUGUGGUUCACAUGCUGUUUUGUAGCCUGUUGCAGAUGCUGCAGACAAAUGCUGUGCUGCAAAGAGAAGAAGGAGCCGACAAAGACAUCACGGGUUUACGUCAUCAUCGGCGUUGUGCUGUGGAGCGGUGCAAGCGCAUUCCAGGUGGCGCUUUGCUCUUCUAUGAUAGAAGCCAGUCAGACCUUGCACGACUCUGUGAACUGGAGCCUUUGUGUUGCACAUCAUUUUGCGGCUGAAGUAUUGCACGGUUCAACUUGGUUCCUUGGCACGGAGCCUGCUCUACGUCGAUUCAACAGUGUUGGAAUUGCUCUUGAUGCAGACAGUGUUGCCAGCAAGACACUUCGCAGGGUCAUGGCAAACACAGAGGAGUUUGCCAAAAAGCACGACCUGCUCUUGCGCCGGCUCAGGCACAUGUCAAAUAAUUUGGAGGCAGUCGGACUCGGCCAAAGACUGUUUGACCAUCGCUGCGUCUUCUGUAAUUUAGCGAUGGGUGCGGAUGCGACCGCCUCCCUUCCACCGGGAUACCCUGCAGCCGGACUACUGCAUGCUUUGGAGUCAGAAAUCGUGGCUUCAUCUUCGCAGGCGGCAGCUACCAUACGACAUAUAGCUGCGAGCCAUUUAACGAAGCAGAAUCUCACAAAUUUGGCACAAUCCAUGAAAUAUGCAAACAUUUCCUUCAGCUUGUUCAAUGAGGCCGUCGUGAAGGAAGCUGUAGCGAAUCUAUGGGUCAAGAACCGACCCCACAUAGACACUGUGGAAUCAAUCCGGCACCUGUUGUUUGUGUCUGUGUCCGUUUUGGCUGGUCUUGGUGCGAUCAUUGGUUGGGCAGCGUUUCUUCGCACCCGUUUUAAAUACGCAAAGAUGGGUGAAGACCCUCUUGCGAGGCCUCCCAGCGGGAGGCUACAUUUGGUCUCAUGGUGUUGCGCGUUUUUGCACACGGUCCUCGCCUUAACGCUCGGGUCCAGUCUUUUUAUUCUCACCAUUCCGGUGGCUGAAACUUGCGUAUUCGUUCGUGGGGAGUUGCUGACAUUCGAAGGCUUGGAACGGUACGCUUCGGUGUUUGGUGUUUAUCUUACGGAUGAAGACACAAAUGAGGCAAGGGCAGCCACUGAGGCUGUGAGGCUUGCUCAGACCUGCUUGUCCCAAAACCGGACUGGCGACAUGCUUUUGGCCAUCGGAUUGGGUGGUACCAAGCUGGAUUUUCAAAGUGAACUCGCCGAGAGUUUUUAUCAGCUCGAUGACCGGCUGGCGGAACCUCCUCUGGGUGUGCAGUCUGGAGAUCAUCUUCAAAGGUUGGUUGACGCAGCACAGGACUUCGGUGGCACUUUCUUGCUCGAUCCUCUUGAGCCGGACAAUGCAACAGGUUCCUAUGGGAAGUUGGACCUCGGAUCGAAUGUAGAAGGCCUGCUUCUGAACUCUGGGCUCACGCCUGAUGAUCAGAUCGCUCCUGACAGUGUCACAUCCAUACGUGGCCUCAACACCUAUGCAGAGCUCAUCGCAGGGCCUGGGCAAUACCGGUUUAUCUCGGGCACUUCUGGCGGAGGUUUUGUGAUCUCUCCUACUCGGCCCUCGGAAUCUGAACUCGAAUCGCUGCCAACACAUGUUCGCAAUGCCCUUCGCUAUGCACAGAACAAGGAGAGGCUGUUGGCUGCAGAUGCCCUGCAGUGCAAUACAAUGUCUGACGAUGGGCAGGUUCAUGUCCGAGCCUGCGGCGUGGACGAAUUCCAUAACCACAUGGUAGCCGAGGCCGUGUUGCUCAAGGAAACAAUGGCAGCAACAUCUGAGAUGGCCAACGCAGUCCAGGCUAAUACUAUCUCCCGUGGGGCCGCCCAGAGUAUGGCGCAAGCCUUGGCUGCUUUUGUUGGCCUGGUCGUUCAGUACAAAGUCUGGCGCCGACUGAAGGACAACAAGACCUUGCUCGAUGAACUUGACCGCUACGAAAAGAAGCUCCAGCAACACAUGAGACAGCUGAUGCAGAUGGAUGCAGCUCCACAAGAGCAGCUUGGCCUGAGUGUUGGCACACUUUACUUUGAAACAGGCGGUUCCCAUUGCUUGUUGUAUUCAACAAUCACGACACGCUCCUUUUUCAAAGCGCAAGUCGCAUUGGUUCGACUGUCAGCACCGACCAAUGCCCUCAAGUUUCGUGUUCACCGGAAAGUUGACCACGAGUAG